UAUCUAUGCUUGGCCUACUGGGGGGUCGAAAAGCUCAAUAAAUUGCAUGCCGGCGGGUGUCGCGCAUUUUGGCAGUUGUGACGUAUAUUUUAAGUGACAGGGAGCCACAGCAGAGGGAGGAAAGAGCCACAUGCGACUCCAGAGCCAUGGGUUACUGUUUAGACCCACAACCAGCCAGGCUGGAACAGAGUCGGCCAUCCUAGGUCACCUCUUCUCUUCUUCUUCCUGCAGAAGUCCUCGCGGGGUUCCGGCGGGGCUACCUUGGCGACCUACGACGUGACAGCCCUUGCUACCUCCUCCCUGCUGGGUAGGUAUGCCCUCUGGAUCAAUAGAUCUCCAGCAACUCCUCGGCUGACAGACACACAAAAGAGGCGCUUCUCCAUCAGAGUAGCCUCAUGCCAAAGGCCAGGAGAGCUACACUGAAUGUCUACGUCACGAGCCUGAUGUUGGGGUUCCUGCUGUGGUGGGGUGGGGUGAAAUCCUCCCGGUUGAACUAAUUGACAUCAGUUCUCCGAACCGGUGGCAAAAAUCACUGGUGAUCACUGCCCAUGCCCGCCUGAUCGCCCUGUCGCUGCUCACCUCUUCCAGCCGCUUCACCCGCCCAUCCAAUCCGAACGCUUCCCCCUCCGUUCACAGCAGAGCUGCUGCAGCCUGUCCCUUUAAGGUAGACCCAGGGAGACAGUGGGCCGGUGGAGACCAUAAAGGGAGCAGCAGCUCUGCUGUGAACGGAGGGAAAACAUUCGGAUUGUCUCUGCCACAGAAUUCAACGUUAAAUGCAGCAGAGACGAUCCAAACGAUUCUCUCUCCGUUCACAGCAGAGCUGCUGCAGCCUGCCCACGGAACUGGUAGUAAACAAAAUUGAAUUUCACCACUGGUGGGGUGGCCACAGUGUCCGAAACACAGAUGAUCCAAAGGGAACAGCUUCCAAGGGAUCGGAGCAGCUGGAUAAGACAGCCCAGAGAAGAAGUUCUCUGGGAUGCUUUAAUCUGGAUUCCCAAGGAGAGGUUGGAGUCUCAAGAUUCCCCCGCCAACGUGAUGACCCUCCUCUUACACUGGGUGACUCUGACAACGGUGUGGGUAUGGUCCGCUCGAUUAGCAUCCCACCAAAAAGGAGCCGCCUCUGGGAGAAGGGCCAGAGACUGGGAAGGGGGCCACUUCAGAGAGGGCAGUCGGGCCAGUCCAUCUUCACUGGCUGCAAAGGGAGUCUUCGCCGCUCCACUGCAGCUUAAGGGUUUGGACAGCAGGGAGAUGAAUGUGUCUUGCGCUGUUGGUUUCCAUGGAAACCAUAGUUUUUUUUCUUCCCCCAGCCGGGAAGGCAGCAAAGCCGGCACAGUGGCAUUCAUCCCCAUGGCUCCCCCAGGUUCCCCCAUCUGCUCACGCCUGGGCUCAGUCCUGCUUCUCCUCUGUCCUCCAGGCCUCGUCCAGAGCCUGAAGGACCACAUCACCAAGCCCACCGCCAUGGCCCAAGGACGCGUGGCCCACCUCAUUGAGUGGAAAGGCUGGAACGCUCCCCCCGUGGGUUGGGGGCAGCCCCCCACUGAAGAGGUGCUGUACGAGGAGCUGACGGACGAGCUGAAGGAGGCUCGGUUUGCGGCAGGUGUGGCUGAGCAGUUUGCCAUCACGGAAGCCACCCUGAGUGGUUGGUCCUCCCUGAACGAAGAGGAGCUGAAUGACAGGGGAGGCUCGCAAGACGUGAUCCAGCUCCAAGAUCUGGAAGGCAUCUAUUUACAGGAUGGUCUCCUCUUAUGUCCACCGGCUCCGGCAGGCAGCCUCCAGGCCUUCGUGCUCUCCAACCCGGAAUCCCCCAUGCCAAGCAGAGCUGUGAGAGCGAACGAGUGGAACAGGGCCAAAGGCGGCUUGGGAAGGGCAGAAGGGAAGCCGGUGGGACCACCCAACGCCCGUAGAUGGCAGCAGAGUGCCACAUCCCUGCGUUACGUGGACAGCAGCUCUCCCUCCGAGGAUGAGGUCUUCUAUGACUAGGCUGGGGUCGCUCCGUGGUGAGACUGGCAGCAACUGCGGUGGCAUUAGUCGCUCCAGAAGGGGCGGGAUUGCGUGGCCGAAGGGGGGUCUUGCUCCAGAGACGCUUUGCAGGCCCAGCCCAUCCUUCGCCUGGCAGCCUGAGGAGCUGGGCUCAGGCAGUGCAUUAUGGUCCCAGAGUCGUUGCGGUUGCAGGAUGAUGUGCUUUUUUGACACAGCCCGUCAGCCCGAUCCACGAUUAGCACUUCUAGCACCGAGAUGGACCCUGCACAGCUGGUAAGACGGUAGGGGAGGCCCAUGGAGGAUGGAUUCGGAGCAGGGGUCAGAAUCCGGGUGGAAAUUUAGGCCGAGGAGGCUCUCUGCCUACAUGAUCCAUACAGCCUCCUGUCCCCUCAAGUGUUCACAGAGCAAUGUUAAUCCUUCCUUACGGAUUAAAGGGUGCCUGGCCCAGGAAUGUUGUUACUGAAGGUGUAAAUAAAAACAGGUGCCGCAGAAAAACAGCGUCCACCUUUUUGCCCGAAAGGAAAACUGCUGGGUGCCCUCCAGACGUCCCCUCUGUGUCUGAACUGGGAGAAAGGGACUGGCCUCGGAGGCACCUGGGAGGCUGGGGAAGGAAGGAGCAAGGCAGGUUGCUCUGAUUGGAGGCGAGGUCUGAUCAGAGCCUGAUUGACAUGUCUGGGGGGGGGGAGUAUCCUUCCCCUGGAGUGGGGAGGGAAUGGGGA